CGCCUUUCGCCUCUCACUGUGCUUUGCUACUACCUGUCCUCAUGGCUUCUCCUGCGGUAGCACAACCUACAGAACGAGCGCGCAAGCGCCAGCGGACAGACGACGGCGACGCUCGACCUAGUACAGUUACGACCCCAGCUAUGACUACUCCUCAGCGCGACGAGGUGAAGCCGAAGGUUGAACCGACCAACCAUGACGGUCUCGUGAAUGAGGGCUCUGCGAGGCACGACACCGAUAGUAUUGACGCCGAACAAGAGGUCGAGGCGCCAACUGCCACAUCUCUGCAGUGUCCUCGCUCUUCUAUCUGGUUCGAGGACGGUAACUGCUUCGUCAUCGCUGGACAGUCGGUAGCGCGGAUCUAUCGAGUGCCGGGCUCUGCCAUCCCGAUUGUCACCAUACUUGAUCAACCUCACCAUGUCGAGGUUAUGCUAGAAUGGAUUCUAGGGGAACGUAAGCUUGAUAGGCUACCACUGGGUGAUCUAGCCGCUUGUUACGAACUCGCCGCACAUCAUGAGAUUGAGGAUCUAUGUGCUGCCGCUGUCAAUCUUUUGCGUGCUCGCUACCCGAACCACCUGUCCACGUGGCAAGAGGCUGCACUCAAUGCGCCGUCUAUUGCUGUGAUCGACCAUCUACUCGUGGCGAGUAUCACUGCCGCUCGCGGCGAUGCCAAGAUAGCAUCUCUGGCCUUGUAUGAAGCGGUGUAUACAAGCGGCUUCUCUCAUGUGCUGAAGGAGAUCAACAACCUACGUCGCACGCCAUUUCUGAAGCCUCACCGAAUUGAUCGGCUUCAACAAGCUGUGAUCGCAGCAUACCCUCAACUCGUCUCAUUUCAGGGCCAGACGUACUCAAAGCUCCUCAACCACGAUGUAUGCGACGAAUGCACCAAUAAAACAACCGGGGCAUGUGCGGGCGCCAUGCGGCUAGUUGUCAGCUCAUUCGUGCGCAACGCACAGGAGCUCCAUGCAUUCUCCGACCAUGCGUACGAGGUUUGCGAUGCAUGCAAGGACGUCUAUGUCGGCCAAAUCCUUCGAAAGCGCAUGAAACUGCUCUUCAAGAAGUUGCCGUUGUACUUCGAAUUGGUGUCGCCCGCCGGUGACAGUAUCCCCGAGCCUCGACCGGACUUGGUCUUUUGGACUGACGGGCGCCCUCCCCCAUUAGUGGUAGACCCACCCGAGGUUUUGGACGACACAGAGCUCGAAGAGCUGGAAGCGUUACCUCAUGUACGAGCGCUCAUGGAGCUUAGACGGAUGGAAGAGAACACUGCGCGCGAGCUGGUUGCAGCAGCGCUAGCGUGGGGCAAUGGCGCGGAGUGA